GCAACGUCAAACCCCCCUCCUGCCCCAGGUGAUCAGGCAGUUAAGCCAAACUGAACUACAUCCAGUAUCCUUUCGUCCUGAGUUAGUACUACCCUGCCUGAGAUCAAGAUUCAAUCAUGGGGUGCUUGUUUCAACAAGCUUUGGCAUUGGAUGCGCCUUGUGGGGAUUAGGGCUGCAUUAUCUUGUGUCGCUGUCUUUGGGCCUGGUAUUGAUCAGCAGACGUUAUCCAAUGAUUGGCAGACAACUCCCCUUCAACACAUUCAUUACAUCCUCUUCUCCGUUGGCAUCAAUGAAAUGAAUUGUCAGGUUGCUUCUGGAGGUGAUCUAGCCACUCUCUGUGUGGUGCAUGAUUUGAUUUACCAGUUCAUGGAUGUCUAUAUUCACCAUCACAGAACUGGCCAGUUGCUGCAACUGAGUGUUCCUCUCACCAUCCCCACAUGUGAGCAAAUGCUGGCAUAUUUGGCUGCUGUUUGUCAAGGUGUAUUGAAUCCUGACCCCUCAUCCACAUCCAGUAUGGACACAUCUUCCACAUUGACAUUCAGUCCUGCUGUUGAACUACCUUACAUUAGCCACCUGCCUAGUCCGAUUUUAUCUCCUGACCCCAACAAGAGUAUGUUGCUCAUCCAGCAUCUGCUCGAGGAUGUCUCUGUGCCCAACACCCUCUGCUACUUGACCACUACAUGUCAUUUGACUCCUCCUCUUGCAUUUGUUUCAGCUCCCUCAAUGGAGAUGUCCCUUCCACAUCCUGAAAUCAGCUGGCAUCCAUCUCACUUGUCAAAACAAAGUUCUGAUGAAGCAUUUCUAGAACAAUAUGUUGGCCCAUGUUUGCCUGUUACCAUGCUGCUUCCUGCCAUCAACAAAAUGUUACCACUGGCAUUUCUGGUCUACUUCUAUGAAUUGGGCAGUCAAGAUGCUACUUUAUUGACAUUAGACAUUUCCCUGGUACCAGAGUAACUCUGUCAUACUGUACCUGCCUACAUAGCUUGACUGGUCAAUGUAACUCUACUGCAUCCUCAUUGUCCACAGUGAUUGAUGCUGUCAUCUCAUGUCAUUGCAAUUACCUAAUUUGCAUCUGCUGCCUUGUGAAUGUCACUGUUCAGCAACACAUUCAUUGACCCAAUCUCAACCCCUCUCCACCAUGUCCAUUGCAUUGCACAGGGGUACUAGCCUUUCUUGCUUCAAAAGCUCCUGCUGGCAGCUAUGUGCAAGUGGUCAAUAUUGAUGUGUUCAAACAGGCAGAUGAUACCUUUCAAUACAUGCUAGAGAUCAGUGAUGGUUAUGUGACCAUCCCAGUCAUGCUCAGCACCCAACUUAACACACUUGUGGCUAUGAAACAGGUUGCCAUGUGCACCAUUAUUCAAGUGGAGAACUACAUCUGUCAGGCUGUCUGCAGCAUUUGUGUCGUGAUCAUUAAGAAGACUGCAGUGACCAGAAUGGCACCCUUAAUUGUGGGAAAUCCCCAUGCCAUUGAUGUUGUUGCACUGUCAGACAAUCUGGAUGGAUUCAUUAUGGAAGCUGCUGCCUAUUUAGUGGGACACACCCCCACAGAUGUUGACAAGUCAGAGACUGAUUCCACUGAAUUCCAGGAAAGGCUGCCUUUGUCCCAACCUGGGCUUCAUGGUGCCAUUGACAUCAAGCCAAGGUUCCAGGCCAAAUCCAUCAACAACAGCUUCUCCCUCAAGAUGCUGGCAUUAGACACAGUUGAGUCAGACAAGGAGGGCAGGGAUGACCUUGCAGCCAAAUGUAUCUAUGAUCACAAGCAUGGUCUGAAUGACAACACCAGCAGCAUGGAGGAGUGACCUGUUUGGACCAGGCAAUGAGUGCACAUAGCUGCUCAUCCACUAGGUAGUGCAGCUACAGGACUUUCUCACCAAAUGUAAUUCUACAUAUUCAUCGAUGUAUUGU